AUGUUGACAAUGUUACUACGCCUGCUCUCUCUGCUGCUUUUUCCCGGCUGGGCCCUUUGUAGCCAGGAAGCCUCAGAUGGCCUACCAAGCCUCCACAUACUACAAUUCGCCUACUUCCGUGACCCCUCUCACGUGUGGUACCGGGGCAACGCAUCGCUCGGUGGGCAUCUGACACACAUGCUGGAAGGUCCAAGCACCAAUGUCACGAUCCUCCAGCUGCAGCCCUUGGAGGAGCCAGAGAGCUGGGUGCGCACAGAGCGAGGCCUGCAGCGCUACCUGCAAGAUUUCUAUGGCCUAGUGCUGCUGGUGCACAGGGAGCGCAGCUUGGCAUUUCCUCUGGUAAUCCGCUGCUUCCUGGGCUGUGAGCUGCCUCCUGAGGACUCAAAACCCCACGUCUUCUUUGAGGUGGCUGUGAAUGGGAGCUCCUUUGCAAAUUUCCAGCCAGAGACAGCCUCAUGGAUGGCAAAAUCUGAGACACUCUCCAAAGUGGACACCUUCGCUCUGAAGGAGCUCAAUACCCACAAUCGUACUCGAUAUGAACUUCAGGAGUUCCUGCAAGAGACCUGUGUGCAGUAUGUGCAGGAACAUAGUGUGAAGAACAUAAAAGGGAGCCUAACUGGCCGCUCGUACACUCCGCUGGUCCUGGGCGUCUUGGUGGGCAGCUUCAUCAUCACCAGUGUUGCUGUGGGCAUCUUCCUGUGCACAGGUGGACGGCGAUGUUAA